AUGGGGCUCAGUCUGUGUGCAGCGGGGCGGCAGGUCCUCUUGUCUCUGAUGCUGCUGCUCUCUUUAGGCUCCGGUGCAGCCUCCUCCGUAGUGAACAUGCGUCGGAUCAUACAUCCUCCUGUACAGCAAGCUCUGGCAGGCAAUGCCGUCCUCCCCUGUGUCUUCACCCUUCAGACCAGCUCCUUCAGCCAGCCUCCCCACCUCCUGUGGACUCGCAUCAGGGUGCCAGCAGAAGGAGAGGGUGCUCCUCUGGAGCAGAUUGUGCUUUCUGUUAAAGGUGACGUAAUCAAGGUGAAUAAGGCUUUCAGUGGCCGCGCCAUGCUGCCAGGAUACCCUGCCAAUCCUCUGAAUGCUACUAUGGAGAUCUCCAGUCUCCGCACCAACGACUCAGGCACUUACCACUGUCAGGUUGUCAUGGGUAACGAAUAUGAGCGAGACACUGUGCCCCUGAUGGUCUCCGGUGUGGUUUUUCACUACCAGGCUCCUAGCACCAGAUACGCCCUCUCAUUCGCUGAUGCCCAACGCGCCUGCCAGGAAAACUCGGCGGAGAUGGCCACACCGGCCCAGCUGUGGGCAGCGCACUAUGACGGCUUCGCCAGCUGUGCAGCCGGCUGGUUGGAUGACCAGACCGUCCGCUAUUCGGUCCAGUUGCCAGAGCUCGGCUGCUUUGGACACAAGGAGUACUCAGCUGGAGUGAGGAACUAUGGGAAGAGGGACCCCAAAGAGUUGUUUGAUGUGUACUGCUUUGCAAAAGAACUGGAUGGUGAAGUCUUCCACUCCGCGGUCGCCGGCAGGUUGUCUCUGGCGUCGGCCUCAGACCGCUGCGUGUCCCUCGGGGGGCAGCUGGCCACCGUGGGGCAGCUUCACCUGGCCUGGAAGGCCGGCCUGGACAGCUGCGCGCCGGGCUGGUUGUCCGAUGGCAGCGUGCGCUACCCGGUGACCCGGCCUCGCCCGGACUGCGGAGGGAGCCGGCCCGGAGUCCGCACCGUCGCCCCCAACACCACUGCGGACAACACCAGCGCGCUAUAUGACACGUACUGCUACAGAGGUAAAGUGAAGAAUUCAGACUCCAUCUCUCAGAUCUACUCCUCCCUGUGGAAGCCCUGGAGCUACCUCGCGGGCAUAAGUGAUGCUGACUCCACAGGGACGGGCAGUCCGGACGUGACCACACAGCAAACCACCACCACCGGAGGGUCCACAGAUGCCGAUGUUUCACCAUCAAACUGGACAGGACUGGUUGACCUAGAACAGGAGGCCGUUCACAGCAUUGAUCCAUCCUCAGACCCCUGGUCCUCAGAGUCUUCAGGCUCAUUUGUGACCCUCCAGCUAAUCCCAGGACACCUCUUAGACUGGGGAGAGCCGUUGGAGCCGGGCCCCGACUCUGAGGAGUUCCUCCGACCGCCGGUCACCCCCACUCCCGCUGACAAGAAGGUUAUCUCAAAGAUUGUCAAGUCCAUUUGGAAGCCCUGGAACUACUUGGCUGGGACUGGAGAGGAGGAAGGAACCCAAGGACCAAGUAGACAGGCAGGGGAGGACGAGGUGGCCAUGAAACAGACAGAAGAUGGGUCAAAUGCAUCCAGGGCAGCAACACCACGUUUGUUUUCUUUGGGAAGUUCAUGGUUCAGCAGCUCCUCAGGGGAAAGCUCCUCACCAGUCAGUGAAGACGCUCCCACUCGUCUGGCAUCUACUUUCGCCGCCUCCAGUAGCUCCAUGACUACUGAGAGCACCAAGAGCCGGGAGACUUCAGAUACACACAUGUCCACCGUCUCCAGCUUUGCACCCGGAACCACCUCAUCCAAAAUGGAAACCUGGAUCCGUGUUGAAUCAUCAACCACGACCCAGCCGGGUGACAAGAGGGAGGAGACGGUAACCACCAGAGGCAGCGGUAGAGGAGGCAGAGGCAGGGGGAAGAAGAACAGAGGGGAGGACAGGAGCAGGGGAGAAGAGAAGGGGAGAGGAGAGGAUAAAGGGAAAGGAGAAGAAGAGGGGAGUGGAGAAAUCACUGGCGCGGAAGCAAAAGGGGAGAUACAAGUUGCACGAAGACCAGUUGGAACAAGCAAACCAAGAGAAAGGUCCAGAGAACGAUCUAGAGACAGAGGUCACAGGAAGGGGCAGUCCACCACGACCACGACGACCACGUCUACCACGACUACCGCGAGUCCGCUGGAGCUCACUGAGAUGACCACAACUAGGUCGGAAAGCGCUGACUCAUCGACAUCUGAGUGCCUGUCCUCUUCACCAGCAAACAUCCAAACCCCAUCAAGCUCACCAGAUCCAUCGCCCUCCUCACCUCUAUCAUCUGUGUCCUCUGUUGCUGCGUCACCAUCUCCCACCUCCUCCCAACCACCACCAUCUCAAUUCCUGUUUGAAUCCCCAUCCCCUUCCUCUUCCCCGUCUAGUCCAUCUUCCUCUUCCCCCUCUCCAUCCACUUCCUCACCGUCAUCUAAUUCCCAAACCACAUCCUUCUCAACCUCACCAUCACCCCCCCUCCUUCCCUAUUCCCCAUUUCAAACUGCCGGAUCAGGAGACCCGUCUCCAUCUCCUCACUCAGACAUCCAGGAGAGCUCCACUAAGACCCUGACAUCAUCCCACUGGAUCCCAGUGGAGAAAGCAGCUCUGAACAGCUCUCUGGAUCAUCCUCCAUUACCCCCAGACGUGGAAGAGCCUGCUUGGUCUCACACUGUGGGGUCAGGGGCUCUGUUACCUGGCAACAUGGAAGAGGAGAGCAGCAGAGGGGGGGUCAACAUCAGCACCAUAACUCUCAGCCCAGCCGACGAGGUGGAGCCCUGCGUGACAAACCCAUGUCUGCAUGGAGGAAAGUGCCUUCCGCAGGGAACGGGCUUCAGCUGCUACUGCCCACAAGGAUACACUGGAGAGAACUGUGAGAUUGAUGUUGAUGACUGCCAGUCCGAGCCGUGUGAAAAUGGAGGCACUUGCGUCGACAAGAUCGACUCGUUCCUCUGCCUUUGCCUGCCCAGCUACGGAGGAGACGCCUGCGAGAAAGAUGUAGAAGGGUGCGAGCACGGUUGGAGAAAGUUCCACGGCCACUGCUACAGGUACUUCACACACAGACACACCUGGGAGGAUGCAGAGAAGGACUGCAGAGAGCACAGCGCCCACCUCAGUAGCGUCGUCUCAGCCACUGAGCAGGAGUUUAUCAAUGGUCUGGGUCAUGACAAUGCCUGGAUCGGUCUGAAUGACCGCACGGUGGAGGAAGACUUCCAGUGGACCGACAGCAACGAUCUGGUGUAUGAGAACUGGAGGGAGGGCCAGCCAGAUAACUUCUUUGCGGGAGGGGAGGACUGCGUGGUGACCAUUGCCCAUGAGGACGGCAAGUGGAACGACGUGCCCUGCAACUACAACCUGCCCUACAUCUGCAAGAAAGGCACAGUGUUGUGUGGGACACCGCCCGCAGUGGAGAACGCCCAUUUGAUAGGUCGGCGAAGGUCACAUUACGACAUCCAUGCAGUGGUACGCUACCAGUGCUCUGAGGGCUUCUUCCAGCGGCACAUCCCCACCGCUCGCUGCCGGGCCGAUGGGAGCUGGGAGAGACCCAGGAUCAUCUGCACAAAGUCCCGGCGGUCCCACCGGUACCGACGCCACCACCACAAUCAGCACAACGAACGCCAUGGCCACAGGAGACACGGAGGAGAGGGACACAAGGCCAGAGAGGACACACACAGCUACUACUGAACCAAAUAACACAUCACUCUCAAUGGCUAGGGGCUGACCAUGGCCCAUGGAGAAAGACAGUAGUUCACGUCAUCGCCAUCCAUCUUCCUACUUCUAACCGCUUGGCUUCAUCUCUCAUGAUGAAUAGGUUUUCUUACACUAACAUACAGUUUAUCUCCAUAACGUCUAUCCCUGAGUUUGGGUUUUUUGAAGCCCCCCCACCCCCCCUGCUUCCUUUAACUGAGGUCCAUGCGAACACUAACUCUGAACACUAACUCUUAUUCACACCUCCCUCCCAAACAUCUCGAUACAGUACAUCCUCCUCCCGCCCAUGAACUAAACCCUCUCUGUCUGUCAGACUAACAGUUGUGUGUGAGCGUGUGUGAGUGUGUGCAUGUAAGAGAGACACUUAGAAAAGUGCCGAGUCACUGUUUUGUUGUUGCAAAGAUUUGCUUGUUCUACAUGGAGAAUGACUCUCAUCCCAGUAUUCUGUUAGCAAAGCACAGAUGUAAUUGAUGCAAGUUAGCGUUCAGUCCCUCGUGACUCUGAGCUGUGUGUAUGUGUACUGUAGCUGUUACUUUUUCAAUUGAGCACCUGAAUAGUUAGUUUGUUUUACUGACGUGCUUUUUCUAAUAUUUGCUAUGUUUGUGUUACAUUACUAUUUAUUAUGAAUUGUUUGUGAGUGAAUGUUUUCUUUUUUUACUUUCAAUUCAGAGAGCCAAUUUAACAUCAUUUUUCUAUACCAGUAUAUAAAUCAAACAAUCAACAAUAAAUGUAAUUAAUCAUUUGAUUGCGUCUAAUCUCUGUAUUGUAAAUAAUGUGGUGUUUGUUUUUGGCUUGUCCCUGAUCAGUAACUUCACCUUGUCCUGCCCUCUCAAUAGUGGCAUGUCCCAUAGACAUAGAUGGGAGAGUCAGGAUGGGAUUACACAAUACUAUCUUGAGAUAACCACUUGAUUGUAUCUGAAUCGCUAAAUUCUCUCGAUCUUUGCACGGCUAUAUUUACCUGAAGGGUAAUACGUCACAUUUUGUUUUGUCUUUGGUCCCUUUGAUAUUUGAUCGGUCAUCCACUUUUUCGGUGUUCCUGCUGUUGUAUUCCAUUCUUAAUAAAGUAA